CUCUCUCUCUGUGUGUGUGUGUGUGUGUGUGUCUGUCUUCCUCAUAUACUUCUCUUUCGCUCUCAAUUCCCCCUGAGUUAAUCUCCAGCCCUUAGUCACCGUGAUCGCCCCUCGAUUUCGUUUUUCCCUUGUGCCUCUCUCUCUCCCUCUCUGUCUCUAUCUCCCCCUUUAUCUCCCCCUUUAUCGCACCCCUUCCCCCUGUACUCCCUCAGUACACGCGUCGCUGUCACCGAACGAACGUACGCCGAGGAGACACGUAUCGAUCUCGAUCGAGCGUUCCUCUCAUCCGCUCCGAGAAGCGUCUCUUCCGCGGCCCUCUCCCCCCUCUGUUUCACUCACUCUGAAUUCCUUGCCGUUGCAACGGGCGAGCGUAACGUUGUGUGACAUACGUUUUGGCGUUUGCAUUUAAAGGAACGUGAGACACGCACACGAGCGAGAGGAUGAACGACAUGGAAGCCUACGGAGACGGAUACAUGGCACCGGAGGAGGAAUGGGAGAGGGAGGGUCUUUUGGACCCUGCCUGGGAGAAACAGCAGAAAAAGACAUUCACAGCGUGGUGCAACUCGCAUCUUCGCAAAGCAGGCACUGCCAUCGAGUCGAUCGAGGACGACUUCAGAAAUGGGCUGAAACUGAUGCUGCUGCUGGAGGUGAUCUCGGGUGAGACCCUCCCGAGACCCGACCGAGGCAAGAUGAGGUUUCACAAGAUCGCCAAUGUCAACAAAGCCCUUGAUUAUAUCGCCAGCAAGGGCGUCAAGCUGGUUUCCAUUGGCGCGGAAGAAAUCGUGGACGGUAAUUUAAAGAUGACUUUGGGAAUGAUAUGGACCAUCAUCCUGAGAUUCGCGAUCCAAGAUAUCUCCGUGGAAGAGAUGACCGCCAAGGAGGGACUGUUGCUCUGGUGCCAACGCAAGACGGCGCCAUACAAGAACGUCAACGUCCAAAACUUCCACCUGUCCUUCAAGGACGGUCUCGCGUUCUGCGCCCUCAUCCAUCGCCAUCGGCCCGAUCUGAUCGACUACAAUAAACUCAGCAAGGACAAUCCGCUGGAGAACUUGAACACUGCCUUCGAUGUCGCGGAAAAGUAUCUCGACAUUCCUCGCAUGUUAGAUCCCGAUGAUUUGAUCAACACUCCCAAGCCGGAUGAGCGAGCUAUCAUGACGUACGUGUCCUGCUACUACCACGCGUUCCAAGGUGCUCAGCAGGUCAAUAUGCGAAAUACGGCAAUGCCUGAUGAGAGGGCCGUGAUGACCUAUGUUUCCUCGUACUACCACUGUUUUAGCGGUGCUCAAAAGGCUGAGACGGCGGCUAACAGAAUCUGCAAGGUACUGAAGGUGAACCAGGAGAACGAGCGGCUCAUGGAGGAGUACGAGCGCCUGGCUUCCGAUUUGCUCGAAUGGAUACGACGAACAAUGCCAUGGCUCGCCAAUCGACAGACUGACAAUUCCCUCGCCGGCUGUCAGAAAAAGCUCGAGGAGUACAGGACGUACCGGCGCAAGCACAAGCCGCCGCGUGUCGAACAGAAAGCCAAGCUGGAAACGAAUUUCAAUACCCUGCAAACGAAGCUGAGGCUGAGCAACAGGCCGGCGUAUAUGCCGACGGAAGGGAAGAUGGUGUCCGACAUAAACAAAGCGUGGAAAGGUUUGGAGCUGGCGGAGAAGACGUUCGAGGAUUGGCUGCUGUCGGAGAUGAUGCGUCUCGAGCGACUGGAACAUCUGGCGCAGAAAUUCAAGCACAAGGCGGACGCCCACGAGGAGUGGACCGCGGGCAAGGAGGAGAUGCUCACGUCCCAACACUUCCGGCAGUGCAAGUUGAACGAGUUGAAGGCGCUGAAGAAGAAGCACGAGGCCUUUGAGUCGGACCUCGCGGCCCAUCAGGAUCGCGUGGAGCAGAUCGCGGCUAUCGCCCAGGAGCUCAACACCCUCGAGUACCACGACAGCGCAUCCGUGAACGCCAGGUGCCAAAGUAUUUGCGAUCAGUGGGAUCGCUUGGGUACGCUCACCCAACGCAGACGUCAAGCUCUCAACGAUGCCGAGCGUAUAUUGGAGAAGAUAGAUGUUAUGCACUUGGAGUUUGCCAAGCGUGCCGCUCCGUUCAAUAACUGGUUGGACGGAACCAGGGAAGACUUGGUGGACAUGUUUAUCGUGCACACGAUGGAGGAAAUUCAGGGCCUGAUGGACGCCCAUGCCGCGUUUAAAGCGACCCUCGGCGAGGCGGACAAGGAAUUCAGUGCGAUCGUCUCGCUGGUGCGCGAAGUCGAGUCCAUAGUCAAGCAGUACCAGAUCCCUGGAGGCUUGGAAAAUCCUUACACCACUCUCACCGCCAUGGAUCUUAAUAAGAAGUGGAGCGACGUUAAACAAUUGGUGCCUCAACGCGACGGUACCUUGGCAGCUGAACUACGCAAGCAGCAAAAUAAUGAACUGCUUAGACGACAGUUCGCUGAGAAAGCCAACGUCGUCGGACCGUGGAUAGAACGCCAAUUGGACGCGGUCACCGCUAUUGGUCUAGGUCUUCAGGGAACUUUGGAGGAUCAGCUGCAUCGUUUGAAGGAAUACGAACAGGCUGUGUACCAAUACAAGACCCAUCUCGAGGAACUGGAGAAGAUUCACCAAGCGGUCCAGGAAGGCAUGAUCUUCGAGAAUCGGUACACUCAGUACACCAUGGAAACGCUACGCGUCGGUUGGGAGCAGCUUCUGACCUCGAUCAAUCGUAACAUCAAUGAAGUCGAGAAUCAAAUUCUCACUAGAGACUCGAAGGGCAUCACCCAGGAGCAGCUGAGCGAAUUCCGUAGCAGCUUCAACCACUUCGACAAGGGCAGGACGGGCAGAUUGGCGCCGGACGAGUUCAAGUCCUGUCUCGUCUCCCUGGGAUACUCCAUCGGCAAGGACAGGCAGGGCGACAUUGACUUCCAACGAAUCCUGGCCAUCGUCGACCCCAACAACUCUGGCUACGUGCACUUUGACGCCUUCCUGGACUUCAUGACGCGCGAGUCCACCGACACCGACACGGCGGAGCAAGUGAUCGACAGCUUCCGCAUCCUCGCUGGCGACAAGCCUUACAUCUUGCCGGACGAAUUAAGGAGAGAACUGCCACCGGAUCAGGCGGAGUACUGCAUUCAGCGAAUGCCUCCGUACAAGGGACCGAGCUCUGUUCCCGGAGCUCUGGACUACCGUUCCUUCUCGACGGCUCUCUACGGCGAGUCCGAUUUGUAAAAUCGAGCGUAAAAUCGAAAAGUCGGCAAAGAAUAGGAUCGGGUUCAACGUCUCGCCAGCCGAUCGGCGAAGACGAGAGCGAUGCCUAAAAGUUUCUUCUAGGAUUCAGGUACUUCAACGCAUCAACGUAUUUUCAUAUGGCGAUACGAUUUUAAGAAAACGCUCAGUAUGUGAGAGUACAAUACGAUAUCAGUCAUUACGCUAAAUACUAAUAAUUGUACGUGCGCGUACAUCGCGUGGUCGUAACGCGAGCGCUCUUGUGAGACUUUGACUAAAGAGGUGGGAGGGGAAAGGGGAUCGUGGUCCUAAGAGCCGCACGUGUCACGAACGAAACGUCGGUGGGCUUAGUAAAAAUACGCGAUAUCAUUUUAACGCAAAGGGAUCUAAGGUAUCGCAUACGUCUGAAAAAACGGUAGAUGUGGAGCGUUCGUAGGUAGGAAAAUACUCUUCCGCACAAAUGGAAAUCACAUAUCAGAUACGUACAGAGAGAAAGAGAGAGAGAGAGAGAGAGAGAGAGAGAGUGUGUGUAUGAGUGAGAAGAAGGAGGGAGGGGGAGAGGCGGAAGGACGGUUCGUACUUACGUGAGUCUGUUACGAAGCGACAAUAACAAAUAGCGUAUAUUUGGAUGCCUUUCGUUAAAAGGAUAAAGAAAGAAAAAAGAAGUGAAGCGUAAACUGAUAACACGAAGUUCGAAAUUGAUAUACUCUUCUAGAACGUUUUUGCUACGUGUUUAUUCUUCUAUACGUAUAUUUUUACGUAGUCUACCUUUUGGAGGCAAAGUUUUUGGAUUUUCAUUCUUCUCUUCGGAAGAUAAGUGCCAACGUGUUAAAUUAAGAGGAUCUCGAACACGGGAAUCCCUUUCCGCGAAGGGGAGGGGAUCUCGAGCCAUGCUUGGACAUCGACGAUCCAAUGCCAAAAGGGAGAACUCACGUGUAAUUGGAUAUGCGCAGUUAGUGAGUGCAUUGAUAUUGGAGGCUUGCCGAACUAUUGUGCUCUGUUUCCUCUAAUAUAUAUUUAUUCUAAAGACCCUCUAUAUUCUGUCGACAUUUUGUACGAUUAUAGUGGAAGAUAUAUAUAGAUAUAUUUUUUGACUUGUGCUUUUUACCAUUGACGGUGAAAUGGAUUUUAGAGAUACUUCCUCCGUGAAAUUGGAUUCUUCCUAUACGAUUUGUGAUUUGUAAGUGCGUAAACUCUAAGUUCAUCUCAAGCGCAUUCUUCGGAAACAAGAUUCUUCGAUUCGCAUCAAACAGGCGCACGCCCCGCGAAAGCGUUCGUAAGAACUCGGUUCUCGCUCAAGAUCAAUGCUCGCACGAACGUCCGGAAAGAAAAAAAGAGAAAAAAAGAAAACGUCAAGACAAAAGAAGAUUCAGAAGAGUAGUAAUAGCGAACUUUGCAAACGAAAAGAAACGGGAAAAGAAAUCGACCUUCUCGCUAAGUAUCCAGAAAAAACGAAAUCGAAUAAUGUUCAUAUUUUUUUAUGAGCGCGGCAACUACGAAAUCCACUGAACGACAAGCCGUUGCCUCUUAUAUACUUUGUAAAUCGUAUAUAUUAAAGAUACGCGAAACGAAUGCUAAACGAAGCAACUUUAUUUAUUUAUUUGACGUAAUAAUUAUUUAUUAUCUUGCUCCGAUAUACAUAUAUAUGUGUGUGUGUAUAUGUAUACGUAUCGAUUAUAUGGUAUAGUGAGCGAAACACUUUUUCAAAGUAUUUAUUUUUAUAAAUAUCUGCGCAGGGAGAGGGAGAGAGAGAGAGAGAGAGAGAGAGAGAGAGGGAGAGAGAGAGAUAAGGCGCUAAAAAAAGAAAACUGUGUAAUAUAAUAGAGUCCACUGUGUAAAAUCUCCAGAAUCGCCAGCUGCCAUUUCUCGUAUCACAUUUCAGACGACA